CGGGCAACCAUGUACUAUUUACGUCCGCAUUUUCUACGUUUGUCCGUGCGACUGUGGAACUUGCGUGGUAGCGUCAUUGUGCAAUUAUGGGUCGAAAUUGUUGAAAUUCGUUUAGAGUCAGCCUUCAUCGUAGUUCGACCAAAGCAGCGCUGUAAUCUAAACAGUACUGGCACUGUGAUGAAGUCAAACGGGAGCAACCGCGGUGCCCUGCGGCCGCACUACGGCGGACGAGCUCCACCUUUCUUGCUUGCCGCACUGUUGAUCGGUCUCGUGCUCAUCGGCUUCUGUUACUACAACCUGUCGUCACAGUACAGUGCCUUGGAUAUGCAAUACCGGGACUUGCAAGAGCGACUGAGGGCCGUGGCAGAAAAGCACGAAUCGGCGGAGCUUCGCUACGACAGGCUCAAGAAGACGCUCGAGGACAACUCCAAGUCACUAGAUGAGAAAGAUAAGCAGCUAUUACAGAAAGAGCAAGACAGAGCUGCCCUUGAAACUGCGCUUCGAAAGAAAGAAGAUGAGCUGAUGACGAAGUCUCGUGAAGCCGACACAGCUGCGAAAGCACUGACUGGAUGCCUGCAAAGGUUGAACGAGACUUCUUCAAAGUUAUCCGAGAAAGAAAUGUCACUUGCAAAGCUCACCAGUGAAGUUGAUGCACUGAAAGCAGCUGUCAGGGCGGCUGAAACAAAAGCAGCUGCUGCAGCUGGUGCACACCCUGCCAGCCAAAAGACGGCAGCACCUGAGAGAAAUCAAAACCUGAUCAAGGAGCCACCGUUACCUGCCAAGAAAGAAGAGGUGGCAAAAGAAGUUGGAAAUGGGCUACAAGAUGGCAUGCUGCAAGAUCCUGAUGUGAAUCCACCACUGGACGCUGGCCAGUAGAGAGCAGCAAGACCACAGCAAGACUAUCAAAUGUCCAUAUAGCUGCCUGAUGAAAGGAGAAUUGAAGGUGCAGUGCAUCCAAGGUGGCCCAUUCCUCCAGCCAUCUGCUGUCAUUUGUCACUGCACAUCAGAAUCCCAUCAUGGUGAGGAGGACCUCACAGAUGAUCUUCAUUUUUUUUUAUUUCGUCCAGCUCGGGAGCCUUGCACAUUGGUUGUAGUGUCCUGUCGGAGCAGAUCGUUCUGUGGUCAAAAUUAGUGAAUCUACCUCAAGGCUCGCAAAUCGAUUCACUGCUUUAUUCUCUAUGUAUACUACCCAUCAUUAGCAGUGCUUCCAACAUCAACAAAAUGAGGUAUGUAAGAGUGAGAUUACUUCUUGUUUGCCAUGUUUGAGAUACACUGCCAGUGUGAAAUGGACACUUAUUCCAAAAAAACUGCAUUGAAUAACGUUUUUGGGAUUUGAACCUCAUUACAAUGAAGCAGGAUACUUGGCAAAAAAAGCUACUGCUGUAUUGCAUCUGACAUUAAUUUCAAAAGUGUACAUGGACGAAUCAGCAAUUAGACUCCACAGGAGAGUGCUGCCGUGAAACUUGAGCUUCAUUUAAGUUUGCAACGCCUUUAACUUGCACUUUGAGUAGCAUUAGGGAUAUUGAGCGGAAUGUGUCUAAGUCGUUUUACAGAAAGAGCAAUGAUGGUGGGUAGAGCUGGCCUAACCUAAUUUGUAACAUGACUUUAGUGUUAGGUCCUACCUAUAGUGAGUGCUGCAAUGGAAGGAGUGGGGAAGUCCACUGGUGCAUGGCAUCAGCAACGUUUUAUUGCUGAUAAUUCAAUUCAUAUAAGGUGCCUUCAAGGAAUUCUUGGAAAAGAUUUGUGAUGAGAACUUAAAUUUGAAUGCCAUACGAUGCUUUUCUGUAUUUUGUUUUCAUGAUGUGCAUGGUCUGUACUCAUAUUUUACAGCCGUCAUCAAAAUUGCUGCCAUUCAUCUUGUCGCUCAUAACUUUCGACUUCUUGGCGCUUCAGUUGGCCAUUUGACCGCUAAAUCUAACACCAGUUAUCCUGGUUGAUCUUGUCCCAAACCCUAGCUUUUGACCUUUGACUCUUUCUUUAGGGCACUCCAAUAAAAGAGUGCGGUUGAAAUGGCAUGAUUGUGUCUAAAGUCGAAAGUGGCCAGUUGUACAGCAAAAAGAUGUACAAGAAUUCAAGCUUGAUUGUGAUUGCAUGGCUCACAUUAAACACUGCAGUAUCCAGAUGCAAUGUUCAGGCUUGACAAGUAAGAAGGUUUCUGAAGGUAAGCACGUGAAGCAUCGCUGUGUCAUGCUGUUGGCAAUGCAGUACUAGUUAGCUGCAACUCAGCCAGAGAUUAUACACACUAGUCGUAACAAGCUGCCACCAGCUUAUGGGUUGGAAUGAUAAGAGGCUCAUGUAUCCAGUCAGUUUGUGAUAAUCCAAAGUAGAAGCAGGAAGCAAAAUAAUAAAUUCUGUUUAAUUCAAGCAAAUGUCCAGGUCUUAUUUUGCCUUUUGCAUGUUGAAGGCAGAGUGAAACCACUUAAUUCAAACAAAACUCCCAUUUCAUUGAAACUUCUUGGCUUCUCAGGGCAGAGAUUGUGGCCAAAAAUUGCUGUGAAGCAGAACAUGCGUAGCCUCCUCAGACCUUGUAUCUAACCUGGUGCACGUCAGCUUUGCUAUUAAAAAUAAAAAUUGAAGUGAUGGGGAAAAAAAUGUCCAAAUUGAAGGCAGAGGUAUACAGCCAAUAUCAAUAGUUUAAUCAUCUUGUUGCCAUCAAAUUUGAAGACAAUUGAUACUGCUUUGUGUGAGACUAUUUAUUGUACAGUCAACUUCCGUUAAUUCGACCCUGACAGGACCGAUGCAAUUGAUAGUAUUCAGUAGGUCGAAUUAUGCACAAUGCAGAAAAAUGCCAAAACACACUGCUGAUUCAUUUGGCAGUAUUUGCCUGUGCCAUAAACACGCCCCCAAAACAGUGGUGCAACCACUUCUAGUGUGUCAAAAGUAUAAAACUGACGUAGAAAUGACAUUAACACUCCUAAACAAAGUAUAAAUCUAAUGCCCGACCGAUUUUUUAACAAGAAAAAAUGCAGCAGAUCCGAUGUGCCCUGUUGGAAUCUAUAUACAGCGAAGCUUUCUGUAAAUGUAUAAGUACUUAAACAGGUGUUUGUGUUUAUUCAAUGUGAGUGCAAAGUGAAACUGAACACUUUUAUUCAUGUUUGCAAAGAAUGUAGUGUACCUUUAAACAGCCAGCGCUAUAGUGAUUGAAAGAGGCAAGCUGGCUUUCUGUGCCAUUUGUUUGAGGUACCUGACCUCCCCUGGGAGGCGCAGAUGCAACUAACUGUCCGCGCGGUUGCCAAGCGGCGUGUUGCAUGUGCAACGUGAGGCCAUGCCCUCUGGUGCCCUCUCUCCCGUCUCAUCGCGGGUCUCCGCGUCGUAGCCCCUUCGCCCUCUCCACCAGUGGCCAACCACCCACAUGCACAGGCCAGCUUCCCCUCCCCCUUCUACCUUCCACUGUUGCAGGCGAAGUAGUGUGAGUCAUCGGUUCUAAAUGGCGCCGCCGUCCCACAGUGAAGUCUGAGCUACGUAUUUGGCGACGCCCGACUUUUUAAAGUCAUUUUCGCCGCAGUACGUUCUUGUUAUGCCAUAAAAAUGCCGCAAAGGCAGUUUAGAUUUCGUGUCUGUUUGCACCAUGCAGGCAAGUUUCAGUCCAAUUUGCCUGAGAAUAAAGGAAGUGUGCCUUUGAAUCGGGUAAAUACAGUAAUCAGGCAAUUGUGAACAACAGGAGACAACAUGUGUUUAAUGCAUUCACUGCGCUUAAGCUCCAACGAGACAGACGCUGUGACUAAUGGGGUCGCUGUUGGGGCCACUUCAGGGGUCAGCUGUGUGCGAGCUGGCAGGUCAAGUUCAAAUUAUCUGGCGAAGGCCAAUUGUUUUGGAUCAAAGUGACACAAAUUUUGGCUCAUAGAAAUGCAUGGGUGCUCACCAGGACCUUCAGUCAGAAUUGAAUUAACCCUAAAAUCAACUUAAGUAGAGUCGAAUUAAUGGAAAUCUACUGUGCCAUCUCCGACAAUGAAAAAUGCCCAGGAGGUACCCACAUCUGACAUGCCAUGAAAUGUUGCUGCAGUCUGAAAUUAAAAAGUCUACCCAAUGAACCGCUGCACGACAUUACACUUUAUGUUUUAAAAGCAAGCAAAAUAGGUUUAUACCAGAACAAGCGUUAGAGAUUUCACAUCGUCUACACACAUAGAGGCGCUGGUAAAUCAAACGUUCAUGCCAUUUGACCAACCAAAGGGUGUUUAAGUGAUUAGCUUUUUUUUUUGUCUUUUUCCCCUCGUUUUUCGUGGUCAGUGGCGGAAAUUUUUUUGCUGAUAGAAUCAGGAGAGGUUAGUGCUGCAGGAAGGAGGGGAGAGCUGCUAUGGAGGAAAGUAGAUUAUUGGGGGAGAGGGAAAGUUGCCAUUGUCUCCGGAUUUUGCUGUUUGGUUGGGAGAGAUUCUGACAUUACAACAGAGCCUUGUGGGUCAGUGAGACUGUGGCAGAAAAGGAACAGAACUUGCAAAAUUGACAUGAGGCUUGGCAUUACCACGAGGCCACCAUGACUGCAGAGGAACAGGAAGAAACAUUGUGCCAGCGACUUUCACAGACAAUUCAGCAGAUUCAGGAAGCUUACUUGACAGUCAUCUGCAAUUAUUUCUGCAUACUUUUUUUCAUAAGAGACCGCUUUGCAACAAGAGUUGAAUAUAAAAAGCAUAGUGUCACUAGGCUUUUCUUGGGCCUGAGGAGAAUAAGGAAUGUAUAGUCAGGACGUACCCGCGUUUGAUAUUCAGGCUGCCAUUGGCAUUGACGAGUGUCACUGCAACAGGAUGCAAAUAACAUGGCCACACAUUCGCUACUCAGAUAUUUGGCAUGCAUAGGCACAGGAUCCCACAGGAUCCUCUCUCUCUGCUAUUGAACAUGGCAACAGCCUGUGCUUUGCACAGAGUUGUCUAGUACAGACUAUGUGUGAUUAUAUAACAGGUCAGGCCCUUGUUUUGUACUGUAUUUUAUUUAUUUCAAGCACCUGAUAAUGUCAUACCUGCCAACUUUUAAGAUUUUAUUGUAAAAUGCCCAAUGUUCAGAGGUUCUUCACAUUUGUCUUAUUGAUACAAAUAAUUGUAGUAAAAUAUUUUUGUCCGCUUUAAAACGGCAUUGAUUUUAAAUGAAUACAAAACAAACGAUUGACCCAUUUUUCUUAGCCCGAUUUUUUGGGCCCACCCAAUCAUUCAGACCUACUACCCACAGCAGCGCCUCCAAGUUAUAGAACAGGUAUAUAAUAGCAUUCAAAAUUUCAGCUGAUGGUACAUGAAUAUUUGAUAAACUUGACAGAAAUUUCAGUUCUUUUUUUUUUUUGGAGCAGGUCAUUUUUGCUGUGACUAUAGAGCAGAACGACUGUUCAGAGCACCAGUACAGUUAGCAAAAAUUCUAGUAGACAGUCAACAUCUUCAGUAGUGAGACAACUUUUAGUAUUUUUCACAAAAUUUUAGUACCUUUCAACUCCAAGUAAACUAACUUUCAAAUGUUGAGGCUGGUCGGUCUGUAAUGUAAACAAAAAUAUGCCAACUUUAAGAAUUCAAAUUUGCACAGUUUGACUGUAGUAUAUUAUAAAAAUCUUCAGACCGAAUUCGUAAGGAUUACCGCCAAAUUUCAUGCAAAGCUGAGUGAAAUUUUAGCGACGAGUUCUUGUGCUGCGUCUUUUGUAAAAUGCAGUGAAAUUACCUUUUCGUUAUUUAUUUAUUUAUUUAUUCAAAAUACUUUACAGUACUGAAAAGGGCAUUGGGUAAGGGGGGCUUCACAAUACGUAACAAGGUUUAGAUAAAGUUAUACAAAUAAUUACUUUGAAAUGUAUCUCACACAUACAGACUGGGAUACUUAGCACAAAAAAUGACACAGGGACAAGCAGGAACACAGGACGAGCGCUAACUUUCAACAAUUGAUUUAUUGCAGCUGGUGAGUAUCUAUAUACUCACUGGGACGCCACUGCAAUAGACACACUGAAGGGAAGGAGGAAAACAGUCAUGUGGCUACUAUGCCCAAAAAUUCAAGCUCUUUCUUUGAUAAAGGUAUAGACGGCGUGCUGACGCACUCGUCACCUGCUCUGGCUAUCUCAGCUGCUUCCACAAUUUCCCUCGUAAUCUUAUUCCUGUGGCGAUAGACAACAGUUUGUUUUAAGAGCAGGAAGCAUGAUGCCUUCGUGUCACAUUUUCUACAAUGGGCAGCCUUGUCCUGUGUCAGCCUUGGCAGCCUUGGCUUGUCCCUGUGUCAUUUUUUGCGCUAUGUAUCCCAGUCUGUGUGUAUCCCACCAACACGCCCAAACUUCUUCCCUGCUAAAGUGUAUCUCUCACAGUGUACAGUUAUUCGAGUUACACAUUACCUUCACUAUCAGUUGUGUCACUACUCAAUGUAAUGAGGUUCAAUUGUAUCCCUGUGCAUAUAUAAUGUUGCCCGGUGAAUAACCUGGCCUAAUCUCAUAUUUCAAUGGAAACAUUGCAGUGUUGAUGUGCUAUAUUACUUUUUCUUUUCUGUGUAAGCGUUACCUUUUGUAUGACAGCAUUGUGUUGUCUUUGCAAGUCUGAUGUUCCUUUUCUCAGAAGUGUCAUGGCAUUUACAGCCAGUCAUUCGCACUAUAACUGCGCUUCCCAUGUUGAAAUUAUUGCUUGUUUCAUUCACUGUCACACAUUGAAUUUGUUGUCUUUCCCUUUACAUUUUGCAGUAUUUGCCAGUUUUUAGUGGCACUCUAAAGGGACACCAAAGAGAGAAAUAUAAAUUCAGAGCUCUAUUAGUGAGUUACCCUCCUACAGUACCGAAAAAGCCGCUCUUACCGCUAAGGAAGCUUGAUAAUCUAUGAAAGAUGCAAGUACGAAAGACUUGUGGCAACACCACCUUAAAGUUCACGCACCAGCGUGCCUCAACAUCAUGGAUUUUUAUUGCAUCUGCUCAGCAUAUAUAAUUUUAAGGCGAGUAGCAUCCUUUGGCUCUUUCGCCCGUUUCCGUGUUUCGUGGUUGGCAGUGGCCGAAGGUUGGUGGUCAGAGGUUGGAACAAAAGCGCCAAUGUAAAGGGUGUGCGAGCUUGCAUUGCAAGGCACGUUUGUUGUCGAAUGCCAGCUGUUGUAGCUUAUUCAUAUGCACAUGCUGUCCACUUAUACUACCACUAGAAAUGUGCCCGUUAACGGUUAUGUUCUCUACGGAACAGCACAAUGCGACAACAGACGCUACCUAAAUACCCUCACUGCAACAAAUAUAAGUUGUCAAAUGGACCCUUCCUUUUGAAUAGCUUUCUAAAAGCGUUUGCCUAUUUCCUCACUCAGUCGUCGUUAAUGGUGUUACACAGUAUUUUUCCAUCAGUGAAGAUAGACUACUCUUGUGUCCCAGUUCUACUUUUGUGCUGUUAGGUUACUUAUGCUGGCCAUUUUGUUGGUGUAAUAUGGAUGACAGGGUAGGGAAGUCAUUUUUAAUUUAAAUGCUGUCAUCGCAGAUGCUUUUCAAAAGGAUUCAAGACUGAACUUAGUUUAAGAACAUUUACUGCGCCACUGCUGCCCAAAUACAAAGAAAAGAAUACUUUGAAAUCCAUGGUGUAACACUUGCGUAGCAGUGCCGGGGCUCUGGUGCAAAAUUUAAAAUGUAGAAGUUUCAUCUCCAUCUUAUCUUUGAGUAAUAAAUGUUCUGCCGCAAGAUAAAUAAGAUUUUUAAAAAAUUCAUAAUUUCAAACUGAUUCAGUGCUUUUCUUUAGUGUCCCUCUAACUGUCACCAUUUAUUCUCUACAUUCUCAGUAACUAUUUUCAAUUGCCGUUGCAAUGCAAUGAAAAAAGAAAGCACAUUCCUGCCUGUGGGGCGGUUUAUUUUUGUGGCAGUCUUCCUUUACUUCUUUCGUGUAAUGUAGAUACACUUGCUGCAUCAAAGUGCAUGACUGAGUCUUUCGUGUAUACAUGCAACACUUGUGGAAUUUAGGAGAGUUUACUGUUGGGCUAGUUGGUACAUGAUCUUAAAAUUUAAAACAGUGCCACUGUGUCUCACUUUCUUGUCCAGUUUCCUGCCGCUGUUUUAAAUUUCGAAACUUGUUGAGUGUUGUACGUUUCAGCAGAUUGGUAUGUGUAACUGCUCAUGCUUUCCUGCUUGCUACAACUUGCCAAAUAUUUUUUUUUAUUUACAAUGCUUUAAAACUCGUUUCUGGUUUUAAAAAAUUCCAUUUGAUAAUCGUACGUACAGGUUGUCAUGCAGGUUUGGUAUGUGACCCUGCAUUUGUAACACGUUUCGGGAAGCUAGCUGUGAAAGGUGCCCCGAAACACUCUUUGAACAUAGUAAUAAAACUUUGCCAAUGUGUUAAGGAAGCUCCUGUAAACAUGUGAGCUGAAUAUUAUUGCUUUGCAUGUAGCAGGCAAUUUACAAUGUUCUGUCAAAAGCAGUAAAAAAUUGCUUGCCCUCUCCUUCGCAUUGUCGUCACUGACAUCGCUAGCAGCUGGACCCACCAACGCUGUUGGCUGGUUUCGUGAUCGUGAGAACAUUCUCAGUAAUACACUUAUUGCUCAUUUAAGGUAAAUAAAUGGAAAAUAUAUUUAUACGUCUGUGGCCUCAAAACAACAUAAAAACCGUUUCAUCUUUGCAUCACCUGUCUACACACAACAGUUGCGUGUUGCUAUUCAACGUCUUGCCACUGAGACGUUCAACCUUUGGGCAGGGCCAGCGGGGCAUUGCUCCUGUGCGUUUCCUUGCGGUCUCCCCUGUGUAGCCUUCAGCAUGCUAGUGGAAAUGAGAAAAAAAGCUGCUCAUUGGUCCAGUAACUACAUUUAACUUUGCCUGUGCUUGAAGGAUUCGAAAAAAUGUGGCAGGAGAUUUAUGAGACGACAUACAUAACUUAAUAGUGAUGUCAUUCUGUGGUUAGAAAAGUGUUUCAGGGCCCCUUAGAGGCUACCCAUGUUUUUGUGCAGUGUGUUAAGUUGCUGUUUAAUGUUAACCAAAUAUGGUGAAAAUUUAGCUGAGCAAAAUAAUAGGACAAGGUAGUUAUUUCAAAGAAAAGGAUGUAUUGUGGUGUGAUAAUUUUAUGCUGUAUGUACUUUUUUUUCUCUUUUCUUUUGCAACAGACGUCAUUGAGCAUGAAGCCAAAAGGCAUUUUUCGAAAUCAACAUUUAUGCUGCCAGGUGCAGAUGUGGGCUAGUUGUUUGAACAUAAACUAAAAAGUGUGAAAGUAAAACUAGGACACAAGAACAAAAUGUCAAUGACAAUGUUUUGUUCCUUCCCCUCUCUUUUGUUCUAGUUCUACUUUCAUGCUGUUAGUUUACUUAUUCUGACCAUUUUCUUGGUGCAGUCACAAGUGAAACAAUGGUGGUGUUUUUUUUUCAGGAGUGCCAUCAUUACAGAUGCUUUUCUUAUAUUAUUCCAUAGCAUCAUUUGCUUCCCACCUAGGUACCUUUUUGCAUUUUAGUUGUCAUUGUCAUAGAAAUUGGUAGCUUUAUAUUUGAGUAAUACAGUAAUGCUGAUGGAAAGAAAUGUGGCCUGUCUGCAAAUUCACCAGCUUUGUCUCUUCCCAGAUUAUUUAGCUCGCAUCUGCUGCAAGUGGCAAGAGAACUGUCCAUUCUAUAAUUUAGCCACAGCUCUGUAAUAACACCAAAGCAAUAUUUCUUUUGACUGCUUUCCACUGCUGACACUUUUUCUCCUUACCAGUGUUUUAAAUGUAUAGUUUAAUUAGGCAAUGCCUCUAUCACUUGCAACUCAUUUCCUACUUUAGUGAAUGCUUCUUCCGCCUGGCAUAAGGUGGCUGGCCUGCUUGAAAGGUAAAUAAUAAGAAACUUGCCUGCAAUUAUGUUUUUUUGGCAAGACCUUGCCUUACUGCAAAACAGAGCAAAGUGCCUGCUCAUGCAACCUUUUUAUGUUUGCCAAGCACAGUUUCUCAAGUUUUGUUUCUGCCGUUAGUUACAAGCAUGCUUUGAUGGCAAAACUGUUUCAAGAAGUGAAGUCUCUGUGCUGCAAGGUUAACACUGUCAUCAUCAAUGCCAUUGCCUUGACCUCAUUGGUCAAGGCAAUGGUCUUGGCAAUGGUCAAGGCAAUCUCAUUGCUUGGUCAUUGCAAAUGACCAAGCAAUGAGAUUCAGCUUGUAGUACCUACAGUCCUGCAUAGGCAGUUUUCUUGCAAAUUCACUAGAGCGCCUCUCGUCAGCAUCUAUAUUCCGACGGUUCAAUUACUUGUCACGCUCAGUGGGAACACUUAAUAUCCAACAUAUUGCAAAACAUAUUAGGCCAGGUUUCUGUUGAAAGUCUUCCUAGGCUGUCAUAGCUGCCGCUUUUGUAACUAAAGAACAGCCUAGAUAUGGAAGUUACUUUUUAUUGAAUAACAGUGCGUUGCGUGUUCCUUUGAAGUGUGACAUGCGGAACAUUUAGAAAAGUCAGUAGCAACUUUUUCUUUUUUUUCAAGUGCACGCUUGAUUGAUAACAUUGAAUUUUCCUCAACUUGAAGCAGCUUCUCAACCUUCAGAGAGUGAAAGGUGCAGCGAUUACUCGAGUCCCACAACAGAAGUAGUCGCUGUGCUUAAAUAGUGAUACUCUAUGUUCCCUAAGCUGCAAUAAGGUUGUCAGGCUUUUGCAAUGUUCAAAAAGAGCAGAGCAGUGUCUUUGAAGCAUCCCUUUAUUGCAGGAAUUAUACCAGGGAGGUUUACUGAAGAGCAACAUUACUUUACAGAUGAAGGGCACUGCUAUAUCCCAUGCUCCAAGAGAAGUUGAGUAACUGCUUCAAGUUGAGGCUUGUUUCUUUAAGGGUGUAAGGGAUGACUCACCAACAUCAGGCACGUAUGCACUUUUGACUGAGAGAAGAUAGCAGGCAACCAGGAGAGAAUGAGGAGUGCUUUGCAUCACAGUUGGUGCAGUACAGUAGAUGAGAGGUUCACAGAGAGACCCAGUUUUCAUUUUCACGAUAUGUUUUAUUUCCAUGCUACAUGUGAUAAAAAGUGUGUUAAUGUUACACGGACCCCCUUCCGAGGCCCAGGGACUACGGAACAGUGAUUGUGAGUCAAGGUGUUGCCGUCAAGAGGCAAACUCUGUUACUCAAACGAGAAGGAAAAAAAGAAAAGGGAAAGUCACCAAGCUCUACAAUCAGGACUACGCUGUAAAUCUUUGGAAAGACAAGAGUUGUACCGGUGAUGCAGUGUUGUAUGAAAUGGAGAAAAAGAAAUGUUUGUAAGUGGAGAGUUGUAAUAAAAUAAUGACUCAUGUAGCA